GGGUACAUUGAAGUAACACCCUUCAGUCAACAGGCUGUGGGGGUUUCAGAGGCUGCUUCUAGCUCUGCUGCUGUGUGGGUUAAAUAAGGUCCUUAAUUCUCCUCUUUACUGUGGCACUGCUUACUUGGUCCUAUAUUGGAGCUAAGGGUGAGCAAAUCAGUCAUCUCUUUGCCUCAUGACCUGGUGGAUUAUCUUUGUUGCUGAGUGCUUUGGGAAGAAGGAUUGUCUCUCCUGAAAAAUGGCAUGGCAUGGCACCUGGCAGAGUCUCCCCGUGUAGCUCCUCAGCAGCCACUGCAAUGAAUGAGAACAAAACCAGUUUCUAACAGAUUGCAAGAAGACCCUCCUGUGGGUGUCAGUGGUGCACCAUCUGAGAAUAAUAUAAUGCAAUGGAAUGCAGUUAUAUUUGGGCCAGAAGGGACACCUUUUGAAGAUGGUACUUUUAAACUAGUAAUAGAAUUUUCCGAAGAAUAUCCAAAUAAGCCUCCAACUGUUAGGUUUUUAUCAAAAAUGUUCCAUCCAAAUGUUUAUGCGGAUGGUAGCAUAUGUUUAGAUAUUCUUCAGAAUCGCUGGAGUCCAACAUACGAUGUUUCAUCUAUUUUAACUUCAAUUCAGUCUCUGCUUGAUGAACCUAAUCCAAACAGUCCAGCAAACAGUCAGGCGGCACAACUCUAUCAGGAGAACAAACGCGAAUAUGAGAAAAGAGUUUCAGCUAUUGUCGAACAAAGUUGGAAUGAUUCGUAACAGCUGCUUUGUUACUCUCCAUCCUCAUAAUCAUUAUGUACAAUUUAACUCUCAAUAGAAAGGCUACCAGAAAUUUCAAGUGCCACAGUUCUAAGAAUUUGCAUAAAAACUCAUUUGCAAAUGGAAUUAAGCCCUCCAGUUUAGGAAACUUAAAAGCUUGUGUAUCUUGAUUAACGUACUUUUUAUUGCAUGGUAUGAACUAAGUUAUUGCUACAUAAAUUUGUAAUAUAUCCUGUUUGUAUUUUUUUUCCAAGUGUAUAAUGUUGGUGUGGAGUUUUCAUGACAGAAUAUACACAUUUUGUAAAUCUGUACUUUUUCAAAUAUUGAAUGCCUUAUUUUUGAAUUCUUUAGAUUUUUAAAUUGGAGAAAAAGCACUUAACAAAAUUUUUAUAUAUAAAUAUUUCAUGUAAAACUGUUAAAUACAUAACGUUAGUGCAAGACAUUCUGCUCUCACUCUGUAUCUCUUUCAAAGGGCUCAUUUUUAGUCCAUUUUUCCUUUUGGUACAUGCUGAUUAUACCAUGCACUUUACAAACAGAGAAGUUAAUCCACGAUAUAACUGUCUUCACUGGACGUCUCUGCUUCUGCACCAGAGCUUAACUUGAUUCUGUGCCUCCUCAGUUGUAUGAGGAAGAGAAGUAUUGGCAGCUGCCAACUGACAAAUGGGGAAACAGGUGUAACUAUUUUGCUGAAAGUCCCACUUUAAACCAGCGGCAGAGUUGCAAACAGGACCUGUAUGACCAGGUUUGAUGAUAAUGUGUUCUAGUAACUUUUAUUUUUCAGGGAGAUUGUAAUUUACUAAAUUGUAAAAUGUUGUCAUCUAAAUCUGUCCUAUAUUCACAUACUGAUACCGUAAUAUAGUUUUGAGUAUCUUCUAAUGAUUAAAGAGGUGUCCCAUUAGUUUCCCUUGGGGGUAGGGAAAAAAUUAAUCGCCAACAGAAGAAAACAUGCCUGCAGAUUUAAUGGAGUUACUCUUUAAAACUUGGCUGUGUACCACGUGGUCAGGUCUCAUGUCCAUAUCACAGAGGUUCCACAUAUUCUUAGGUUGCCAGUUUUAAAGAAGUUUGGUUUUGUUCUUGUAAAUGUUGAUGUGGUAAUUUCUUACUGUAGUCUGUAAACCAGGGUGGAUGACUACAGUAAAGAAUUAGGCCUUUUUUUUUCUCCCAGCAGCGAAACUGUAAUCCCUUUGUCAUAAUUCAAACCAGCAUUACAUAUGUAUUAAAACCCCCAAAUCCCAUCUCAAAUACAGCUCAGCGUUGCCUGAAAAGCAGUGGAAGUUUAUUUCAGCUAGAAGAGAAAAUGUCAUUUAUCAGCAAUAGUAAUUACCAAAAAGUUAGUCUCUGUUAACACAGUGAAACAGGAAUAUCAAUUCACACCUCACAUUCUGUAAUUUAUAGGAGCAGCACUAUUCAGUUUAGAAACUGCAGUAAGAAUACUAGUCAGACCAUUCUGUGUCAGUAGCUUGCGGAGCAAAACUAUUCUACCUUAUAUAAGAAUUGUUAGAAAACUGUAGUUAGUGUGCAAAGGCUUAGAAACCAUUGUGCGAAGUCAUACUAAACUACAAUCCUGAUAAGUCAGUUUGCUUUCCUUGAGUCAGUGAAUUUGUGUUUAAGAAUUCUUCAAUCUAUUUAUAAUUAUUAACAGAAACCCCAAAGGAUCCAGUUUGCCUUUUGACUAUGGUGAAAUUACAGUACCACCAGCAAAGCGGUGUUAAGUAGCUUAAGGCAGCAUCAGUGCAAAGACUUUGUUCACAAAUAUGAUAUGGAAAGGCUUCCUGUUUCUAAGAAUGUCUAAACUUUGAAGAUUUUUCUU